AUGACCACCGCUACCGCUACCGCACCCGUCGCCGAAGUUGCUACUAAGUCCAAGAAGAACUCUGGUCCUAAGAAGCUCACAAAGCCCGAUAAGCAUGCUUACGAUGUUGCCCUGAAUGAACUGGAGAAGGAGCACCGAGCAAAAGAAGAAAUUCUGACCAAAGCUAGACAAGCUGUCAAUGCUAUUGGCGGUGCUAAGGCCCCUAAAAACCCUGAAAAGGAUGCCCUCAGAAAAGAGUUUGAGACUCUUAAGCAGAAGCAGGCCGCCAUCAAGGCUUCUCGCGGUAAGAUCUUUGACGAAAUUAGCCUUAUCGACACUAAGGUCAAGAAGAAAGUCGCCGAUCUCAACGCUCAAAAGGGCAAGAUCAACUUCAAGUCUGCCGAAGACAUUGACAAGCACGUCCAGCAACUCGAGAAGAAUGUCGAUGAUGGUAACCUCCGUCUUGCCGAGGAAAAGAAGGUUAUUAAGGAAAUUACCACUUUGAAGAAGCUUAGAAAGAACUUUGAGUCAUUCGCUACAGCCCAGGCUUCUAUCGAUGAGGACAAGGCCAAGAUUGCUGCCCUCAAGGCUACUGUCGAUGAUUCCGAGACCAAGGCCAUCAACACACGGUUCGGUGAAAUCAAGGCCCAGCUUGAUGCUUUCAGAGCUGAGUCCCAAAAGGCUUACGAAAACAGAAAUGAGCUUUACGAUGUCCGCAAUGCUGCUCAAAAGGAGGUCGAUGCUGUCAACCAGAAGAUCAAGGCUCUGAAGGACAAUUACUACGGCAAACUGCGCGCCUUCACCCAGCAAGUUAGACAAGAAAUUGCUGAGCGUCACGAGCGCGAGCGCGCCGAAAGAGAAGCCGCUGCCAAGGAAAAGAGACUUCAAAUCGCACAGGAGAAGCUCGAGAUUGCCAGCGAGCCCGCAUUUGCCCAGGAAAUCGCAAACAUUAAGCUUUUGCUUUUCCACUUCGACCCUACCUUUGUCCCACCUACCCCCAAGAACCAAUCUUCUUCUUCUACUGUUGAGCUUGGCCCCUCAAACACUUCUAGAAAGAUUGAGCUCCCCAUCAACGCUGUUGUCUUAAAGAAAGAAGAGGAGGAUUUCUUCACUGGUAACAAGAAGAAGAGCAAGGGCAAGAAGAAGAGAGAUGAAACUGCUGCUGCCGCUCCCAAGGAUAACAAGGUUGUUCUCGAUUUUACCAUGGUUGAGCAGCUUUCUUCCUUGAAGGUUCCUGUCCCUGGUUCCAAGGAGGACGUCCCCAAGGCCAUUGAGGAGCUCAAGAAGAAGCUUGAUUACUUUAUGGAGAAUGAGGAGCGUGUCACCAAGGAGCGUAUUGCAAAGGCUAAGGCUGAGAUUGAGAAGAUGGAAGCCGAGGCUAAGGCUGAAGCUGAGGCUAAGGCCCCAGAGUCUCCCGCUGAGGCCACCUCUUCUGCUGGUUCUACUGAGUCCUCUUCUGAAGAGAUUGAAUCCAAGGAAGAGGAGACCAAGGAAGAAGAGUCUAAGGAAGAGUAA